AUGGACGCUUCCGCUGCCCGCCGCCGACCCGAGGGCCACGGCACGAAGAACGCAGACAGCAGCACCAAUUACAACAGCAAAGACGACGUUCAAAUAGUUACUCACAACACUGCAGCAUCGAUCAGCGCAGCACCAUGGUCAUUCACACCGACUGAUUUCCUGACCCUUCUCGGCAUCACUCUCAUGGCCAUUCUCGUGCGGUGCUACAAGCUGUCUUCUCCGGGGGAAGUGGUCUUUGACGAAGUGCAUUUCGGCAAGUUCGCAGGCAAAUACCUCAACGGCACGUACUUUUACGAUCUGCAUCCGCCGCUGGCCAAAAUGAUGUUUGCAGCGGCAGGGAAACUGGCUGGGUACGACGGUGUGUUUGAUUUCAAGUCGAUUGGGCUGAACUACGCUGCCGCGGGCGUGCCCUACGUGGGCAUGCGGCUUAUGCCUGCGCUUUUGGGUGCGUUAACUGUGCCUGCCACCUAUGUUACAGCGAGGGCGUGCGGGUAUGCGGUGGAUACGGGGGUGUUGGCUGCGCUCCUGGUGUGCUUUGAGAACGGGCUGGUGACGCAGUCGCGGCUGAUUCUUUUGGACUCGCCGCUUGUUUUCUUUACGGUAUUGACGCUGACUGCGUGGGCAGUGUUCUGGACCAAGCAGCGGGAGCCGUUCUCAUGCACUUGGUGGUUCUGGCUCACGGCCACGGGCGCCAUGAUGGGCUGCGCCGCCAGCUGCAAGUGGGUCGGCCUGUUCCUUUUCCCGAUCAUCGGGCUUUCGACGGUUUCGGAUCUCUGGGCCAAGAUCGCCGACCGCUCCUUGUCGCCUGCCCGCUGGGCAUGCCAUUUCUUGGCGCGCGCCGUGGGUCUGCUCUUGUGCCCCUGGCCGUUACGUAUUCUGGUUCCAGAUUCACUUUGCGCUCCUGAACAAGACCGGCUCGGCCGCGGAAUGAUGACGCCUGAGUUCCAGACCACCUUGGCCGGCGGGCUCAACGUCUCGACCGAUCGCGAUGUGUUUUACGGCUCGGAGAUCCGCCUGAGGACGACGAAUGCGCGCAGCGGGUAUUUGCACUCCCACGCGCACCUGUGGCAGCACAGCAAGGGCAGUGGCCAGCAGCAGGUGACGAUCUACGGCCACGCUGAUGCCAAUAACCUGUGGGUGGUCGAGCCGUCGUUCAACCGGACCGUUGACGAGUCCAAAGGGCCUGUACCGGUGCGCGGCGGAGAGACGAUCAGGCUGAAGCACAAGAUCACCGGGAAGUACCUGCAUUCGCACGAUAAGCGGCCGGCGAUGACCAGCUCAGACACAAAGUUCGAGCUCAGCGGAUAUGGGUUCAAGGACUUUGCCGGCGACUCGAACGACGACUUUACACUGGAGAUUCUGGCCGGAGACAGCCGCCACCCGGGGUCCGAGGAGCAGCUCCAGGCCAUCUACUCGCGCUUCAGGCUGAUUCACCGCAACCUGCAGUGCGCCGUGUACAACUCGCGGAAGAAGCUGCCCAAAUGGGCCUUUGAGCAGAUCGAGGUCAACUGCAUGCGCAACUGCAUGCCGCGCAUGUCCACAUGGCACGUUGAGUUUGCCCAGCUUCCGGAGCUGGUUCUGGUGCUGGUGCUGCUGGCUGCUGCUGGUGCUGCUGCUACCGCAGACCAGGAGGACGUGCCCAAGGCCGCAUAUGUGCCGCUGGGGCUGUGGGGCAAAGUGCUCGAGUACAACCGGCUGAUGGCCGACAGCAACGCGGGUCUGACUGGCGACCAUCCGUUUGCCGCCCGCCCGCAGCAUUGGGCGUGGCUGCGUCGCGGCACAGCGUACUGGGGCGGCCGCGGCUCGUUCAUCUAUCAGCUGGGCAACCCCCUCAUCUGGUGGGGAUCCCUGGCUCCGUUAUUCUCUUCAUGGCCCCCUGGGUUGGGCGGCCAGCGCGCAAAGUACUUUGCAUCCGCAGGGUUCUUCACCGUCGCGUGGAUCUGCCAUUACGCGCCGUUCUUCUUUAUGGGCAGAGAGCUGUUCAUUCACCAUAUGUUCCCGGCUCUGUGGAUGAGCAUCCUUGUUCUAGCUUUUACCUUGGACCUGUUCACUGCGCGCGUGCCGGCAGUGGUGAGGAUGUCGGUGUAUGUUGCUGUGGCGGCGGCAGUGCUGUAUGCAUUCCAGACGUUCAGCUAUAUUACGUAUGCGAGGACCUGGACCAAGGACGCGUGCGUUAAGGCCAAGUGGCUCAGCACCUGGGACUUUGACUGCGAGCAUGCCAUUGGUGGUGUCAGAUCCACUGAACCGCCACUGGCGCCAGUGGCGCCUGUCGACCGGGAGGUCAAGGCAGUUCCCGUCGACGCAAUGAAUGCUGACGAUGAUGUUGCUGCUGAGGCAGAGGCGGAUGUUGAUGUUGGUGAUAUUGAUGCUAUUGUUGAGCUUGUCGAGGAGGCUGCUGUUGAUGUUGACGACGGUGUGGUGGCGCCUGAAAUCGGAGAGCCAUAUGCUGUUGUUGUUGAGCCUGUCGAGCAGGAAACUGUCGAGUCGGUCUAUGUUGAGCCCAUGUAUGAGAACCCGACUGUCAUCAAACCCCCUGUGGCUUCGGUCGCUAAGGGUCCCGAGUCGGUGGUCGCUAAUCUCGGCCAGCAGAAUUCCAACCAGAUGUCUACUGGAUCUGAGAAUCCUGGGGAGGGGCACGCGGAGCUGUAG